AUGGCAGACCGACAAGCCGCACAAAUCCCAGACCUUCGUUCUUUACUGUCAUCACGAGGUCGUGGAGGCCUCCGAGCGAGAGGCCGUGCUAGACGAGGCUCUCCAGAACGUUUUCAGCAUGAAAAUACUCCCCAGGUCAAGGAUACCAUCGUGCAACGAACUGAUCAUGAUGCUGCCGCUUCCAGAAUGAGCGCAGUGGAGCUAGGCUACCUAGAAGAUCCAUAUGCGAGAUUAUUCGCAACUGCACCUACUCCGAGACGCUUCCCGAUCAUGAACAGAGGAACGUAUAUACGGACGUCAGCGAUAGACAAGCUUGUAAAUAAGUUCCUGGACUCAAAUCCAGAUGUACAGAAGCAGAUCAUCUCCCUCGGAGCGGGAACAGAUACUCGAUACUUUCGCAUCCUCUCCAAGUCACCGAGAAGUAGUCUGCUGUACCACGAGUUAGAUUUCGCACACAAUACAGGACAUAAGAUUGCAACUAUCCAACGGACACCGGGUUUGUUGUCUCAGAUCAAGGCGGCGCUUUCAAGCCCGGACGAACUAGAGAUUUCUGAAGACGCGACUGUUCUGACGUCCCCUACUUACAAUAUUCAUGCCAUUGAUCUUAGAAACAUUGCCGCCGAUCCUCCUCCUUCGCUACCGAACAUUUCUUCGUCUGCUCCCACCUUGCUCAUCUCAGAGUGUUGUCUCAUCUAUCUCACGCCAGAAGCCGCAUCCCGAGUUUUGACGACAUUGACUCAGCGCCUCAUACCAGAGCCUACGCCUGUCGCAAUCGUGCUAUACGAGCCUAUAAAGCCGAAUGACUCCUUCGGACGUACUAUGGUAUCAAAUCUUGCCACAAGAGGCAUCGUCCUAGAGACACUACAACAAUAUCCUUCGUUAGCAGCACAGAGAGAUCGCUUUCGAGAUGCUGGCUUUGUAGACGGACAAGGCGCAGCCGGUACAGACUUCAUAUAUGACGCUUGGGUAUCCUCGAAGGAAAAAGAGCGGGUCGCCGCCUUGGAGAUGAUGGACGAACUAGAGGAAUGGUUGUUGCUAGCAAAGCACUACUGCGUUGCUUGGGGCUGGCGGAAUGGAGGCGAUUUCCGCUUCCAAGAUGCCUGGACGACAUUGAAAGGUCAGACAAACGAGUAG